AUGUCGGCAAGAAAUCUUACAGCACCCGGUCCCGACAGAAUAAGACCAGAACAACUGAAGAACCUUCCGCCAGCACUCAUCAACACCUUGACGAGGCUCUUUACACGUUAUCUGUCGGAAUGCAAGGUUCCUAAACAGUGGAAGACCAGCAAGACCGUGUUGUUGUAUAAAAAGGGAGAUCCACAUGACGAUUGGAAAGUUUUGGAUGAAGGACAGCCAUGCGAGCAAGCAGGGUUUCGAAAAGGAUUCAGCACGAUUGACCACAUUCACACUGUUUCGAAACUCUUCGAGGUAUCACGAGAGUACAAGAUGCCGCUCUGUCUCACCUUCAUCGACUUAAAGAAGGCCUUCGACUCAAUUGAGAACGAAGCGGUCGUGGAAGCCUUGGACAACCAAGGCAUCCCUACUCAGUACAUAAAGGUGCUUCGAGAGUUGUACACCACCCUCGAGAACGCAAUGCGAAAGUUGGAAUGGGACGACAUGGGAGUGAAGGUUGAUGGUCGGCAGCUACACCAUUUGCGCUUUGCUGAUGACAUCGUACUGAUAACACCUAGCAUCAGCCAAGCGAUUGCUGACCGAAUUCGACGAAACAUGUGGAUGCAUCGGAGGAGAAGAGCGGCUUGGGGAGCGUACAAGAGCAUCGAGGAUGUAGUGAAGAAGACCAGGAACACCCGGCUUCGUGCUCUCCUCUUCAACACCACCGUACUUCCUGCUUUGACCUAUGCUUCGGAAACCUGGGCAUUUCGCAAGCAGGAAGAAAACGCGGUGAGCGUCAUUGAACGCGCAAUUGAGAGAGUGAUGCUAGGAGUAUCCCGCUUCACGCAAGUGAUUGACGGAAUUCGAAGUUCUCUCCUACGUCAACGAUCGAAGAUUAGAGACGCCGCCGCGUUUGCCAAGGAAAGUAAAAUAAGGUGGGCCAGACACGUGAUGCGCUUUAAUGACAACCGUUGGACCAGAGCCGUGAGCGACUAUUAUCGGGUUCCCCGCGAUAUUAAGCGCACUACAGGAAGACCGCCGACCCGAUGGUCAGAUUUCUUAACGAAGUCCUUCAAAGAAAAAUAUGAUGCUCUUCGUGUCCCACGCGAAAGGAGGAACCACUGGGCUACUCUAGCACGCGAUCGGGACAAAUGGAAGAAUUACUGGCGCCCGCUCGACCAGUUCGAAGAUCAGCGGGAGUCAAGAUCCAUUAGACGCUCCAAGGACCUAGUAGCCGAACAUGAUCGAUCUGGACGAGAAAGACCUGUAUCUCUGACCACUAUGAGCAAUUUCACGGAAGGUCCGCGAGAGGAUUUGCAAGGACCCAGCGUUUACCAUUUGCCGAACGUCACGCUAAAUGGACAUCAAGCAGACUUCGAUGCGGAGAAUUAUCCAAUUGGCGUUGAAGGCCUACAGGGAGAUUAUAUGCCAAGAAAUCACUGA